UUGAAAUUAUUUUUCAGUUUAGAUUUCUAUUACUUCUAUAAGGUUAUGGAUAGUAAAUAAAACAUCGUGAGUGCGAGCUGGCGGAAAAUAUCGCUUAAAAACAAGAAAAUGAAAAAUCACCUGUUUCAAUUCCGGAUAUCUUAGCCAUGGAAGAUAUUACAAAAAUGUAGCUAAUGUUUAAAAGCUGUCACUUGAAGUAGUGAACCGUAAAUUUACUGGCGAUUUGUUUGGUCUUAUAUACAAGACACCUAUCUUAUUCAUCAGGACUUUUGCAUUAGUCUUUCUCAGCUUGUAACACGAGGAUCCGCCAAAACUCACCAACGGAUCGAGUCCAUAGCCAAAGAUGAUUUUCGUGAAGAUAGUGACCAUUUGCCUGAUCAGCAUGUUUGCAGCAAGCGUGAUUGCCAGUCGCUCUCGCCGACAGGUAGUUAACUGCACUCCUCAAGAAAUUCAAGAGCUAAUUAGUAUGGGUAUCGACAUAGAAAGAAGUACAAUUGAUUGUAGUGUUGGUAGAUCUAGGGCAGACAAAAACAGCAGGCAUCACAACAAGGUCAAAGCUCACAAGGACCAAAGCCAUACUAACUGCAUCAUUGACGCGAAUGGAAUAAAAGUAAAUCCAUACGAAGGCCAAUAUUGCUGUAGCCCUAGCUGCGACAGAUAUGCAAAGCAUAUGUUUUGUAUCAAGCCAAAGUUCAUUGAAUGCUAGAAAAUGACUCUUGACAUAAAGUGCAGAAACUGCUCAAUAAAUCUUUACAACUCA